UAACAAAAUAUAUCCAGUUGUUGUGUACUCACAGAUAACCGUUUAAGUUACCUGUUUCAGAGCCAUUACAUUGCUAGUGACCUAGAUCAAAGACCUGGAUUCAUAAACGCGCAUGCGUAGACGUCCUUAAAACAACAGCAUUGAAUUAACUAUUUCAUUUUUAUCGAGACUUUUAUAACUUUUGUAAAUAAUCCUCGGAAAAAAUCAAGACGACUGGGAAGUUUUAAAAAAGCAGUGACGACUUCCAAAGGCUGCGAUGUGGUGUAAGACGGAAUCAACAUUGUUUAUUGCAGUUCUGGUCACUGUUGUCUACACAUCCAAGGGAAUCCCCUUUGAGGUCCUAAAUGGAGUUGGAACUUUCAACAUUAAGCAUUCGGUCAGUCAGACACAGGGUGGAGGAUCUUUAGAAUUCCUGUACGUACCUGGACAGUCGCUCUCCGUGGGUCCUGAAACUUCAAUUAUAACCGACAGAUACCAAUGUGGAGAUUAUGCUAUGGAUUUGUAUGUAGCAGACCCGAGCAAUCCUGCAAGACUCCAUCUGAACAUAUCUCUACCUGGUGAAGUAACCACAGAUGACGAUCCAGAGUGUAGAAUAUAUUGGGGAGAUGGAGCUUUUGAUAGUAAAUUUAGAAUCAAAGAUAACCAGUCAGAAAUCAGUCAUCAAUAUAGCGCCUACGGAAUAUACAGUGUGUCGAUGCGGUGUAAGGACGAUAUCAACAAGAAGGAUAGAAUAGACUGCCCAAUUCAAUAUACCCAAUGUUUCAAAGAUGACAAUUUCUUUGACGACGACAACAAAAUGUUUGACAAGCCCCUAUUCUUUCUUUCAACAGAUCCAAUUCUGGUCGAUAGUUACAUGGAAUUCGCGAAUUCUACAUGUACUGCACCAAUCAUAAACUGGCGGAUCACCAAUGUUAAUGCAACCCUGCACUUUAUUCCUUUUGUAAAUUUUACUCAGACAAAUUCGUCUAUUUUAAGUUUGCCAAGGGGAACUCUGGCAAAUGGAGAUUAUAUCGUGACCUUGGAAGUUCAGUUCCCACUACUUAGCAAGUAUGAGUGGACAGAAGAUUUGUUUAUCUUAAAAGUGGUUGAUCCAGAACUUGUUGCGCAUAUUUCAGCCGGUGACUAUCUAGAGUUUCCACAUGGAAAUGAGCUUCAAAUAUUUGCUGACAAAUCAUAUGAUCCUAUGAAUGAAUCAAAUGUGCUGCAACCUUUGGAGGCCUCCUGGUCGUUUGUUGUUUUCACUGUACUUCCUUUGGAAAAUUUGAACUCGCUCAUUAUGUUUUUUCCUUCUAUAACAUUGCCGCCGCAAGCCAUAGCACCUCAUAAAAUUCAUGCGGUCCAGAAUGGAACGGAUUAUAUUUUGAAGGUCAACACGGCAUUAUUACCUGUCAAUUCUUACUGUAUGGCGGUAUUUUCUCUAUCACGCAGUACUAGAAUGGCGUCAGCAAUGCAAAUUGUAAAGUUGGUUAGCAACGCAUUACCCAUGUCAAUAGAUUGUAUAUACAACUGUCAUGUUGGACGAGAAAGACUAUUCUACUACGAUAAACUACAGCUAGAUCUGAGCAUUCAACCUGGAAUCGAUACAACGGGUUUUAUAUAUUCCUGGUCCGUACUGGAAUUGAACGCAACCAAGACGGGAUUUGAUAUUCCUACUCGGGCUAUUGCAACUACCACAGGUUAUGCCACACCAUCGUUAGGUAUUACGAAAGGUUCGCUGGUCCAAGGAAAGACGUACCAAAUCUCCGUGACUGUUAUCAGCCCGAGGCACACUGCAUCUACAGCGCAGUUGGUGAAAACUGUGAACUACAUUCCUUUCAAUGGAACAUGCGAACUUGCUUAUGGCAGAACAAAUUUUACCUCUGCUCGUGAGUGGGUAACAUUUUCCUGUGAGUCAUGGGUGAAAAUUGAUGCAAUAACAGGAGUUACAGACUAUAGCCCAAUUUUAUCGUUCACUGUGAAACAGAUUACUGCCGGAGCCAAAGUAGUAGACGAGCCAAUUCUACAAACACGCUCCAAAAAGUCAUUCAUUAUAUUAAAAGUUGGAGAUCCGAACAAUAAUUACCUGACAAAGAUAAUAUUUCGUGUGACAGAUGUAUACAAAAACUACUACCAAGAAGUUCUUCUUGUAAACUCUUGGCCAGCGUUUGCAGUGAAAUUUGUGGAACCAACUGAAGAAGGUGCUACACUUAUAAGGAGUUACACAGAGACUGAUUAUCCAUUCGACGAACAACAACUGUAUGACAUGGGUCAAAGUGACAUGAUGAUUACACUUGUAUCAUCCGUUUGUAGUAACAUUCACCUUAUUGAUUUAGGAGAAUGGACACCCCCUGUUCCAAGAGUAUUGAAUUCCGAUGGAUUUGUGAUGGAUCUGAACGCAAACGGAAAUAAAGAUGUUGGAAAUUUAGAUGAAGUCAUGGAAGACGCUGAAAACAAUUUAAAUGAUCCAGCUACAGUUGCUAUACAAGAUGUCAUGUUGAGAAUGGUUCAGUUCACGCGUAAUAUAGUUGAGACUGAUUUGAGUGGGAGUCGAAGCGGCGAUAAAUGGCUAGCGUCGUUGGUGACAAAUGCAUUUACUAACCUUGUUGCACAGCCUCGGUAUCUGAACUAUAACAGUAUGAUUAAUAUCAUAUACUUAGCAAAACUUGUUGGCUUUGAUGCGCUUAUACCUAAAGGUCCAGCAGGUGAUAAUCCAGCGCAGACAGAAACAACAUCAGGAGAAAUAUACUACAUGUUUCAAGAAAUAGUGCAAUCAUCUGUACCUGAUGAUUUUGUAGAAAUACGACCGGUUGGUAACCUUGCUUCCGGAAUGAAUAAUAUUGAUGAGAUGUUGUCAGCAUUAGCCGAGAAUAUUAGUUUGUACGACUCUCAGUUAUCACCAGUAGAACGGGGGUAUUUGUACGUACGGAUGCAAAAACAUCUUAAAUACAACACUAAGGAUAAAAAGAAAACGGCAAAGGAGGCUGCAUGGAUGACGUUACAACUGGCACAAGAAGUACAAAACCAGUGGAGGCUAUGUAGACGUUGCAGUAACGCCGGUAACAAAAACACUAAACAGUUGCUGGCGAAUGAAAAGUCAGACCACUUUGUUACCCAAAUGACGACCACGGCCACGUCUCAAUUCCGUAUUGACGGUCUGAACGACUCGCUAACUAAUGUAACACGUGACAACUUCGAUACGAUUUCUGUUUCAGCAUUUGAAUUUCAAGAGAAUGUUUAUAUGUAUGACGAAGACGGAACGUCUAGCUAUGUGACGUCAAAAGUCCUCCGACUCGACGUUAAAUCGGUAGAUACGCGUGUAACCCCUGGAUACAUGACGUUUCAACAAACGGUGAUGACACCAAUUCCAGAGUACGUUAUUCCAGAGGUCCACGAAGAGGAUGUGUCAGAGUUUAUGUAUCAUAGAUUGAUUUAUCAGAAGGCAACGGACGAAUUGUGUAUGAUUGUUGAACCACAAGGAGUAUACAGUUUUACCGAAUACAGUGUGUAUAUAAAAUAUAGCUCAGUGCCAUCAAUAAUUGAAUAUGAUUUCAUUGUUUCCGUAAGACAAGAAUUCCAUUGGCAGCUAUGUAUUCCACCAGAUAAGAUGAAUAAUCAUACCGGACUAACAUAUAUGGCCGUCCAGUUACCAGGAAUUAUGAAAACUAUAUCAUACAACUUGACAGUUGUGACUGUGGGAUGCCUAACUUGGGAAGAGAAAAUAUCAAAAUGGCAUACUGACAAGUGCCAGCUUGUAUGGAAACCAGAUGAAAGUGUUGUUUCGUGUUUCUGUCAAGAAAUCACUGACCUGGUGUUCUCCAACUCAUUUUUUGUGGCACCUAACUCUAUCGACUUUAAUACCGUGUUUUUGCGGUUUUCUCCCCUGAACCAAGCGGCCGUCUUAGGAACGUUUGGUUGUUUGUUUGUUUGCUAUAUUGUUGCUGUUAUUUUCCUCUCCCGUUUGGACAGGCAGGAUGCUUUAAAGUGGGGACUUACACCAUUAAGAGACAACAUGAUAGAUGAAAGUUAUUAUUACAUCAUUAAAGUUUUUACCGGAAUGAGGCGCGGAGCAGGAACUAAAUCACGUAUAGCAUUUAUCCUAACUGGGUCAGACGGAAGCACGAGACCACGUGAACUGUAUGAUGGCAUCAGAGAGGAAUUCAGUACUGGUAGUGUUAUGUCCUUCUUCAUGGCAACAAAACAGCCACUUGGUGAUUUGUUACAUCUUUAUAUUUGGCAUGACAAUAGUGGCGGAUCACAGGCAGAAUGGUACCUCAACCAAGUAGUUGUCUAUGACAUAGAGACAUUAAAAGCAUAUACCUUCGUAGCUGAAAGGUGGCUUUCAGUAGACACCCACAUAGAUGCAUGUUUGCCAUCAAGCCCUGUCGAUCGUCCGAUAAAAUUUGAAACACGAUUCUUCUUCCAACUCAGAGACAAAUUUUCAGAGAACCACACUUGGAUUUCAAUAAUUUAUCGCCCACAGACAAGUACCUUUACUCGAGUACAGCGUGUGUCAUGUGCAUUAGCUUUCAUAUUUCUUACAAUGCUUGCGAACGCCAUGUACUUUAAUCCGGCACCGAACUACAUAUCACCAGCCAUUCUUGAAGUUGGACCAUUUCGCUUCACAAAACAGCAGAUAUUCAUAUCUAUAAUUUGUGCGCUUAUAACCACGCCCCCAAUUAUGUUAAUCGUAUACAUCUUCCAACACACGAAGAGAAGAAAGUGUAAAGAAAACGGCCUUAAAAAUAAGAGUGGCAAAUGUUGCCAGAAACAACGAUCUGAUACUUACGAAGACAAGCUUAGAGAAAUACAGCUUACAUCUGAGACACCGGAACUAAAGGGAGGAAUGGUUUUCCCGUUUUGGUUUGUUUUCAUUGGAUGGCUGUUAGUAUUGGGUGCUGUCGCCGUGUCUGCGUUCUUCAUUGUCUUGUACAGUAUUGAAUGGGGAAAACAAAAGUCGGAGGAGUGGCUAACGACAUUUUUCAUGUCUAUCUUCGAAUCAGUUUUGUUUGUCGACCCUAUCCUGGUUAUUUGUAUAGUGCUUGUACUAAGUUUGUUGCUACGAACAAAUGACGUGGACAAGAAUAUUGAUAUGCAGCACAUUGUUGAACGUUACAAGCAAAUGAAAGGAUUGUAUGAGAAUGAUGAGUUACGAUUAACCAUACAAGUCCUACAAUCAGUGAAAACUGACUUUGAGCUACUAGAAAGAGGAUCAUCAGCUGCUCGUUUUUACAUCACCACUCUUCAGGGACGCCGUACACAUUGCCUUGCUGCUGCGGAAAGUCGUCGGCGUAAAAUUGUGAUGACCUCAUUUGCAAAGGACAUUGUUCUGAAUAUGUUGCUGAUCAUUAUCCUCUUUAGUAUUGCCUACGCAAACAGAGACGGCAAUUCGUACUUUCAUCACAAGGAGAUAGUCAAUGCAAUUGUAGAGCCUUGGAAAUUGCCACAGUUCAACGACAUCAAGAAAGCUGGCGAUUUGUAUAAUUGGUUGAAUAUUUCUGUGAUACCGAGUAUAUUCCCAGAAUACGACAUGAAUGGUGCACCAUUACAUUGGACAGUUCGUCAAUUUACAACUGGAUAUAACAAUCUUAGACUAGGACCGCCGAGGCUUCGACAGUUAAGAACGAAGAAAAAAACGUGUGUGAUACCUUAUAUUGGACGAGCAAGUUGUUAUGGGAAGUAUAAGGUACUAGAUGAUGAGGAACGAGACUUUUGUAUAGGUUGGUCAAAUCCACCCUGCCCUGAGUUUCAGGCUGUUUUCAAUUCAUCUGCUGACGCUUGGAAGUACACAUCAGGCUUAGAUAUAUGGGGUCUGCCUACACCUGGAAUGCAUUCAACUUACAGUGGAGGUGGCUACAUUGCUACAUUUGACGUUAGUCGAAACAUUUCUAUUGAAAUGUUAAACGAAUUAUUCAGAAGCGUAUGGAUGGACAGGAAAACAAGGGCCGUUAUAUUUGAAUUCACCCUGUAUAAUGCAGUAACAAAUAUGUUUAUCUACAACAUAUUCCUAACUGAGUUUUUAGAAACUGGUGGAGUCAUAACUACAUACUCUAUCUACCCAGUUCGCGUUUACACUCACCAUGGUGCCAUUGGUACAUAUACGUUAUUGUGUGAGAUCAUUUUUGUCAUAUAUCUUAUUGCCAUAUUCGUUAAAAUAUCUGUGAGGGUAUAUCAGAAACGUUUGAAAUUUUUCAAAGAUUUUUGGCAUGUUUAUGAACUGGUCAUGUUGCUGAUUGGAAUAGUGAUUGUUGUAUUUUUUGCCCUAAGAUUAAGCUUUGCUUUCAGUACGAUUAACAAAUUUAACGAGGACAAAAAGUCGUUUGUUAAUUUCGGCCAUAUCAUUAUGUGGGACCAGAUGUUAGUAACAGCGCUGGCAAUUCUUGUAUUUAUGUCGACACUGAGAAUGUUGGAAGUGUUUGCAAGCUCAAAAAAGAUCAAUGCUGUGAUACAAGUGUUUCAUGAUUGCGGUAAAGACCUAUUUUGGUACAGUUUGGCCUUUAUACACUUUUUUAUUGCCUUUUGUAUGUUAGGUCUAGUAUUGUUUGGAUCCAAACUCACUUCCUACAAGGAUUUUUACAACACAAUGGGAACUUUAUUUGUUGCAUUGAUUGGAAAAAGCAAGUUUACAGAAAUCGAUGACACAGAGCCCAUUUUGGCAAAGCUGUUUUUCUCGUUUUAUAUCAUAACAGUGGGGUUCUUUGUUUUGUCAAUCUUCCUGUCUAUACUUGGCGCGAGUAUAGAUAUUGCCAUACAUGAUUCUCGAAAGGAUCCCAGAGAAGAUUUAGUGGAACAUCUUAUGACAACUUUUAAGUCACUAUUCAUCAGACCAACACGACAAACAACAUUGCAGGAAGACCAUCCGACACCCGCUCCGCCAGAACAAGAUGAGGAAAAUAUUGAAGACAUUGCAUCUCUACACACGGUAACACCAACCCUGGAAGAUGAUGACGUUAUAAGUCAGAUGUCAGAAGAGGAUAUAAUAUUACCACCUGUUAUAAAGCGAAGUAAAACACAGUUCAAGCCUCGGUUCCAACCGAAAGUGAAACCUCCCUGGAGGCCGUGAUGAUCUUUGUACCUGGGUUGUUUUGACACUCUUUGAUGAUAGAGCUAGUUAUUGCAUCAUAUAUUUCAAAGGAAGAAGUUACAAAAUAUAUAUUUAUAUGAGUGAUAAUGUUAAAAAAUGUAAUUUGUUAUUAUAUUAAUAUUGAUAUUGAUAAUAUAUGAAGAUUUUACUAUUGAAGAAGUUAGUCAAGGUAUAUCUUCGCAUAAAAGAUAAAAGUGAAAGAGUUUAUGCCAGAAACUUUUUAACUGAAUUUGUAUCAGCUUUGUUAACCGGUGAAUAUCCAAAUUUGGCGAAAAACGUAAUGGUAAUUUUGCCAUUUCUAAGCGUCUUAACAUUUUCGAAAAUGAUUUUUGGCGAAGGGGUUUCAGGGUCCGAUUGCAUCAUUUGCUUCUAAGUGAAACGAGACUUUAAUAGCCAUUCUUAAGUUGGAAUGUGUACUGCUUACAAAACAUGACUAACUUACAUAAGUUUAUCUCUCAUUGUGUAAAAUAUCGCAUGCGUAAUGUGAUGAAUAACCUAAAGACUACUUUUUUUCUUGUUAUGCUUAACUACACGUUAAUGUUUUACUUAAACUACACUAGGAUGUAUGCCAUUACAGUUUUAUGUAUUUACCUCAGAUUAAAGCUUAGUUUGGGACAGGCUUCACUUCUUUAAUGAGUGUGACAUCUGUUAAACUUCAGUUUAAAAUCAGAUUUGAAUUUAAACUAGAAUCAAUUUAUAAUUGGACAGUAUGGUUAAAGCCAAUUAUCUUUUUGACAUUGACGUUUUUCUCUUUCUAUUUUGCAGUGUUUACUCUUGCAUUGUUUUGUUUGUAAUACUAACAUUUUGAACUUUAACCAUAAUAUCAUUAAUUUUAUUUUUUUUGAUAAUUGCACUAAUUAAGUUCACUAUUUAACACCUUUGACUAAAUUGAUACUUUCAAUUGCUAAUUCAUUGUAAUACAUUGUAUUACCCAUUUAAGUAUAACUUUUAUUUAUUUCAAAAACAAAUUCACAUCUUAAUUAAAGUGACAUUAUGCUCAAUAUAUCGUUGUCAAACUGAGCUACAUCCACUUAUCAUAAUAAGUCGAAAAAGGUUUACUAUUGCAAUUGUCAUGAAAUGGAAAUGUUUAAGAUAUAAUAUAACAACCGACUAAAAUAUCACUGUCCCAUACUGUAAAUCAAUUGAACGUUUACAAUACAUCCCGGUGAAUUGUUAAAGGACUUGCUGUAACCGAACUAUAAAAUAAAAUGGAAUUACAGCAAAUACUAAAGUCAUGGCGACAUUGACCUGUACAUUUAUCAUUUAAGGUCUCUUUUGAUUUAACAAUCAAUAUUUAAAUGGAACUCAUCG